CCGUCGCAUGAAAAUGUGCAUCCCUCCCGCCAUCUUUCUAGCCGGCUUCACUUGAAACACGUUGCGAGGAAAAAAUACGUUUUACUCCUUAAUAUUUGUUUCUUGUCGUCGGUUCUACUUUAUUUCAAAUCGAGGCGGGUUAGGGGAGCCGAAGAGGGCUCCGCAGACGUCCGUCUUUUCAGCCCUCCAUCAUGGCGGACAAGAACACCAGGAUCGCCAUCGUCAACCAUGACAAAUGCAAACCUAAAAAGUGCCGCCAGGAGUGCAAGAAGAGCUGCCCGGUGGUCCGCAUGGGCAAGCUGUGCAUCGAGGUGACGCCUCAGAGUAAGAUCGUGUGGAUCUCAGAGUCCCUCUGCAUAGGCUGCGGCAUCUGCAUCAAGAAAUGUCCGUUCGGAGCGCUGUCCAUCGUCAACCUUCCCAGCAACCUGGAGAAGGAAACGACUCACAGAUAUUGUGCCAACUCCUUCAAACUGCACAGGCUGCCUAUCCCCAGACCCGGAGAGGUGCUGGGGCUGGUGGGGACCAACGGUAUCGGGAAGUCCACGGCUCUGAAGAUCCUGGCUGGAAAACAGAAACCCAACCUGGGGAAGUUUGAUAACCCUCCAGACUGGCAGGAGAUCCUGACCUACUUCAGAGGUUCAGAGCUGCAGAACUACUUCACCAAAAUCCUUGAGGACGACCUGAGGGCCAUCGUCAAGCCGCAGUACGUCGACCAGAUCCCAAAAACCGUAAAGGGGUCAGUAGGGGCCAUUCUGAGCAGGAAAGACGACACAGACACACGAGACAUCAUCUGUGAUCAGCUAGAUUUGAGUCACCUGCAGGAGAGGAACGUGGAGGAUCUAUCUGGAGGAGAGCUCCAGAGGUUUGCCUGCGCUGUGGUCUGCAUCCAGAGGGCCGACAUCUUCAUGUUUGACGAACCGUCCAGUUACCUGGAUGUUAAACAGCGCCUGAAGGCCGCCAUCACCAUCCGCUCGCUCAUCACCCCCGACAGGUACAUCAUCGUGGUGGAGCACGACCUGAGCGUGUUGGACUACCUGUCUGAUUUCAUCUGCUGCCUCUAUGGAGUCCCCAGCGCCUAUGGAGUGGUCACCAUGCCCUUCAGCGUCAGAGAAGGUAUCAAUAUCUUCUUGGAUGGUUACGUUCCCACAGAGAAUCUCAGGUUUAGAGAAACCUCACUGGUCUUCAAAGUGGCUGAAACUGCCAAUGAGGAAGAGGUGAAGAGGCUCAGGCACUACCAGUACCCAGACAUGGGGAAGACGAUGGGCGAGUUCUCUCUGGACAUCAAAGGAGGGGAGUUCACAGACUCUGAGAUCAUGGUGAUGCUGGGAGAGAACGGGACGGGGAAGACGACCUUCAUCAGGAUGCUGGCUGGAGGACUCAAACCAGAUGGUGGAGGGGACAUUCCCAUCCUGAACGUCAGCUACAAACCUCAGACCAUCAGCCCCAAAUUUAAGGGCAGUGUGAGAGCUCUGCUCCACGAGAAGAUCAGAGAUGCCUACACACACCCGCAGUUCAUCACCGACGUCAUGAAGCCGCUGCAGAUAGAGAGCAUCAUCGACCAGGACGUGCAGAACUUGUCUGGUGGUGAGCUGCAGAGAGUAGCUCUGACUCUAUGUUUGGGGAAGCCAGCCGACGUUUAUUUGAUCGACGAGCCAUCUGCGUACCUGGACUCCGAGCAGAGAUUGAUGGCUGCCCGGGUCAUCAAGAGAUACAUCCUUCACGCCAAGAAGACUGCGUUUGUGGUGGAGCACGACUUCAUCAUGGCGACGUACCUGGCCGACAGGGUCAUCGUAUUCGACGGUAUUCCAUCCAAGAAGACAACUGCUAACACGCCUCAAGGUCUGCUGGCUGGGAUGAACCGCUUCCUGUCCCUGCUGGAGAUCACCUUCAGGAGAGACCCCAAUAACUUCAGACCAAGAAUCAACAAGCUCAACUCCAUCAAGGACACAGAGCAGAAGAAGAGCGGAAACUAUUUCUUCUUGGACGACUAAGCCGCUGUCCUCCCAGGCCACCCGGGACCUCCUGGCUGCAGGCUGACGCCCGUCACUGCGUCGCCUCCAUGUUUACAGCCAGGCUGCGUUCACCAAAUGUGAUUUAUCCAUAAGAAGCAACAAAAAUAAAACGCAUCAGCCUUUCUGUACCGAGCUGCGUUCAGUAUCCAGCGAUGUUGUGACAUGUAAGAUAAACAUGAAGUGCUCUGCGUUGAGUGGGCGUCGGCCCCGACCGUGUGGGCGGAGUUCAUGUGGCAGCAAGGUUGUGGAACAUUCAGCAGCAAAUUUUAUCACUCAUGCAUUUACAAAACAUAAUGAAUAAAUGCUUCCUGAUCCAA